AUGUUGACAGAUCUUGUCUCUUCUGCAGCUGUGAUGGAAUAUUUUACUCAAAAUGUUAGAAUGAACCACGGUCUGGAUGAUACCCGUCUUAACAACGCCCUCCAAAAUAGCAGAAUGAUGUCGAGAUCCACAACGAAGGUGAGUACGGUAAUUGAACUCUUGUCAAAACCCGUGACUGAACCAGACUAUGAGAAGGCUGCGGAUAAAUCUAGUUCAGGCGAAUCAGGUUCGGUGAAACCGCCAUAUUCCUACAUAGCUCUGAUCACAAUGGCAAUAAUGCAGUCGCCAAAUCAAAGACUCACCCUCUCUGGCAUUUGCAAUUUUAUCAUGGCCAAGUUUCCUUACUACAAGGAGCGAUUUCCCACCUGGCAAAACUCUAUUAGACACAAUCUCUCCCUGAACGAUUGUUUUGUUAAAGUUCCUCGCGAACCCGGUAACACUGGCAAGGGUAAUUACUGGACACUUGAUCCUAAUUCACAGGACAUGUUUGAGCACGGGAGCUUUCUCCGACGUAAGAAGCGCUAUAAGAGACACCAUCUGAGGUCCUUGUGCGGCCUCGAAAGCAGAAGUGGGAGUCCGUCACCUCCACCCAUUCGACUUCGAAUCCCCACGCAGUACCCUCGACUACUGGUCUCCUCCCUUGAAACGAAACCAUUGGAGAUGGAACAGGAUUACAGACUGAAGUUGCCAGCGCUUUCACUGGGCUGUGACGAGCUCGCAAACCUGACUAUCCUCCCUCCUGCACUAAUGAUGAGUCCACCUGUCUCAAACACAGUCCUCACAACGUCCUCGAACAAGGCGAAUGUUGUCAACGACUUUAGAUCGGCUUCAACACAGACUUCGGAGUCCCGGGUGUCCUUCAGCAUUGACUGGAUACUCAGCGCCUCUUGA